CAAUGUGACAACACUUCCAAUCUACUCAGAACAACCCUCUCUCUCCAGCAGAGAGUAUCACCUCCUGAUUUAGGAUCAUCAAGCUCUGCUAACUGGACCUCAGCCUGCCGGCGGGAUUACAUUACAAGGCUUUCCCUCUUCCUCACCUUGCCCCGGGGGUAAAUCUCUUCUGCAGAAAUCUCAGAAAAUCAAAUUCCAUCCUAAGAAUAUUUCACCAAGAAUUCCUUUAGAAGCUGUGCUGGAUAUUUUGGGCAUAAACUUCAAUUUUGCCUUCUUUCCAAGGAUAAUUUGAAGGGAAAAUCGGAACUUUGGUCAUGGCCCUUGGAUUUAAGAAAUUCUUCAAGACAACAUCCAAUAUGAUCCAAGGGAAAAUGUGAUUUGAGUCUGGAGACAAUUGUGUAUGUCAACUAAUAAUAAAAACUCAGUAUAGCUGAUAGAAGAGAAAACAUUAUUUGGAAGAUUGCUACAGUUAAAAAGAAAAGCUGUGUCUGGUUUGAUUUAUAUUGUAUAGCAUAUUUCAUUUUGGGUUCAAUGAUGGAGAAAAAGUGUAUCCUGUAUUUACUGCUAAUCUUGCCUUUUUUUAUGAUUCUUGACAUAGCAGAAUCAGAAGAGAACAUUGAAGGCUUAAGUCAGUUGGGUGUCUAUACUAGAAAUAAAAUUAUGACGGCUCAAUAUGAAUGUUACCAAAAAAUUAUGCAAGACCCUAUUCAACAAACAGAAGGCAUUUACUGCAACAGAACCUGGGAUGGGUGGUUAUGCUGGAAUGAUGUUGCCGCCGGAACCGAGUCAAUACAGCAUUGCCCUGAUUACUUUCAGGACUUCGACCCAUCAGAAAAAGUUACAAAGAUCUGUGACCAAGAUGGAAACUGGUUUAGACAUCCAGAAAGCAACCGAACAUGGACAAAUUAUACCCAGUGUAAUGUUAACACACAGGAGAAAGUGAAGACUGCACUGAAUUUGUUCUACCUGACUAUAAUUGGACAUGGAUUAUCUAUUGCUUCACUGCUUAUCUCGCUUGGCAUAUUCUUUUAUUUCAAGAGCCUAAGUUGCCAAAGGAUUACCUUGCACAAAAAUCUCUUUUUCUCUUUUGUUUGUAACUCUAUUGUAACAAUCAUUCAUCUCACUGCAGUGGCCAACAACCAGGCUUUAGUGGCCACAAAUCCUGUUAGUUGUAAAGUGUCUCAGUUCAUUCAUCUUUACCUGAUGGGCUGUAACUACUUUUGGAUGCUUUGUGAAGGCAUUUACCUACACACGCUCAUUGUGGUGGCUGUGUUUGCGGAAAAGCAACAUUUGAUAUGGUAUUAUUUUCUUGGCUGGGGAUUUCCACUGAUCCCUGCUUGUAUACAUGCUGUGGCGAGAAGCUUAUAUUACAAUGACAACUGCUGGAUCAGUUCUGAUACCCAUCUCCUCUACAUUAUCCAUGGUCCAAUUUGUGCUGCUUUACUGGUGAAUCUUUUUUUUCUAUUAAAUAUUGUACGUGUUCUCAUUACCAAGUUAAAAGUUACUCACCAAGCAGAAUCCAAUCUCUACAUGAAAGCUGUGAGAGCUACACUUAUCCUGGUGCCGUUACUUGGCAUUGAAUUUGUGCUGAUUCCGUGGCGACCUGAAGGAAGGAUUGCAGAGGAGAUAUAUGACUACAUUAUGCACAUCCUUAUGCACUAUCAGGGUCUUCUGGUUUCUACAAUUUUCUGUUUCUUUAAUGGAGAGGUUCAAGCAAUUCUAAAAAGAAAUUGGAAUCAAUAUAAAAUCCAAUUUGGAAACAGCUUUUCCCAUACAGAUGCUCUUCGAAGCGCAUCCUACACAGUGUCAACAAUCAGUGAUGGUACAGGUUACAGUCAUGACUGUCCUAGUGAACACUUAAAUGGAAAAAGCAUCCAUGAUAUUGAAAAUGUUGUCUUAAAACCAGAAAAGUUAUAUGAUUGAUAAUUGAGGGAGUACUGCUUAACUAUUUUGUGCCACUCCUAACUAAAGGACUUCGAUCUAUGGCUUUACAACCAGAAGACUUCAAUAUUCAAUGAAUUUCUUGAAUGCCACAAAGAAAACCUUCACAUCAAUUCAGUAGUGUGUUGUUAAAUGUUUAAUAACUAGCUCUUUGGGAGAAAAAUAACCACUGAUUUGUAAUGUUUUCCAGUUUCUGUGGUGUAUUCCCACCACGGCUGAAUUCAGGCUACCCAUUUGACAUUGCUGAAUGUGAAAUUGGGAAAAUGUCAGUACAAUCAACUCUUACAGGCUGGUACGUACCAGCUCUAGGACACCACUCUGCAUGAAUUCACAAAUGAGUAAGACUGUAAAAGUUCAUAUACACACUGGGCACAAUUCUACUCUUACUGACUAAAGAGAGCUAGGUAAGACCUCCAGACUCAGAGGGAAAAUUAGCUUUCCAUUUGUUUGUUUUUAAAAUUUUUAUCCCAUAUUCAUUGGUGCAGUUGAUUUUUUUUUUUUUAACCCGGUAAAUCUUCUAGCCCUUUUUGUAUUUACCCUUUCAAAUGGACUGGAUAAAGAAGUAAUUAUUUUCCAAGAAAAGUGACUGAGCAGAACUGCUAUUGUCUACUCUUUGGCUGAUACAUCAUAGUCAUAUCCAAUAUUAUAUCUGUUUUUGAAAUUUGACGAACAGUAUGUAGGACAUGCAAUCCUACUUUGCUAUCAUUAGGGAGACAUCUUGGUUGAUAUUACACCUUGUCAGCUACUUUCCUAUCUUACUACACAAGUGGGAGGGAAUCAGUUUCCCUGUAUCUGUAAAUAGAAACUUUGGCCCUUCCAUUUCUACUGUGUAGACAAAUUCGCAAUUAUUUUACAUGAAGGAAAUCAGUGAAGGAUUUCUUAUUUUCUUGGAAGUUUGUAAAAAAAAUUGUUGUGAAAAUAAGCUUGUAAAUACUCUGUUAUCUAUUUUAUAGUCCCAAAUCAAAUGCAUAUAAUCUAGAUAAGUUUUUUUAAAAAACAAAUACAUAAUGUAACAAUGUAUGCUUGUUAAUAUCUGAUACUGUGUCUGGGCUGAUUUUAUAAUAAAAUAGAGUCUGGAAUUCUAUAUUUGGUAAAUAUUUUAAAGACAACCAGAUGCCAGCAUCAGAAGUUUGUUUGAGAACCAAGAGAACAGAAAUAUCUAUGAAAUGAUAUAAAAUAUUUAUUAAAAAAAACCUCAAGGCCACUGUUUUAUUACAUUAGCUUAGGUGAUUCUUUCAUAACUUAGUAAUACGUAUGUUUGACAUAUUUCUCCUUUUAUUUUGACAAUGAACUUUCAUUCUAAUCCAGAAAUUUUAAAGGAUUCCUACAGUAAUAAAUGUCAGCCUGUCAUUCUUAUGGUUUUUACACCAGUAAAAAUAUUACUUUUCUGACUCUUACUGUAUAAAUAUAUAUGGCUUUGGAAAUGUUCCAGACUAUUAAAAAAAAAAACUAGAGGAAUACUAUAUAUAUAUAUAUAUAUAUACACAUAUAUAUAUCAUAUAAAAUGCUUUAAUGGAGCUACUAUGAUAAUGUGAUACUAAAAAUCAGUGAAAGACUUGAAUAUAUCAGUGAAGAAGAAUUGUCAGAAUGUUUAGGGAGUAAUUCAAUUAAGAUGGAAGAAAGCCUUACUAAUGAAUUAAUUGACAUUUAAAUGGGAUUCAGUUUCCCUAAUGUUAUUUCCCACUCAAAUUUCUGAAAAAUGAAAAUGCCUUCAAUUAGUAAAAAUCAAUUUGAGGAGGAGAAAUCACUAUGUGUAUGUGUUUUCCUAGUGUGUUAAUUUGUUUAAAAUGGAUUAAACUAAUGACUUAGUAAUCAUAGCUUCUUUCUUAAGCUGUCAAUAGACUGGGAGUUCAGAAGUCAUUUGAAAUUGUCCAGGAAAAUUAUCUAAAUUAGUAAGAAUUAACAUAUUAAAUAGUCUGGUCAAUAGAUUUAUAGUUUAUCUGUAUACAUGCAAAGGUUUUACUGUUAGUUUCAAAUUUAUGGAUUUUAUAGCAAGCUAUCUUAAGAAGGAAUGCAGGCUGUUCUGGAUUUGCUACUGUUUAAAUUUUACAAAAAUUCUUUUAAAUAAACUCACUUUUUAGCUACUUAUUAUUCAAAGACACAGAUUCAAAUCCUUUGUUCGACACUGUUCACGUAUUUCUUCAUUCUUCCAGACAAACUGUCGUCUCAACCAUAAAUGACAGUAGAAAAUGUCAAACUCUCCAUGAGCAUUCUAUUAAAAUUAUACUGUAAUAUUCCAUUAUUUUUUAUUGUGCUUUUAACAUAUUAAGUUCAGAUCAGAUUUCCCUUCUGGCCAAGAAUCAUCUAUUGCACAACCUUCAGGUGAAAGAAUCCAAUAAUUACUUAGUGUUAGUUUUGUACCCAUAUUUUUUAUGAGUAAUGUUUUUAAAUAUUAGACUUCUCUAAAGCUGAAGUGUUAAUUAAGAUCUCCUUUAUGUCUUACUUAUGAAGAAAAGAUACAAUCAAUAGUUUUUAAAAGGAAACUUUUUUGGUAUCUACUGAAAACUAAUUGGGGGAAUUUCUAACUUUCAAAAUGGAGAUCUGCUAUUUUUCUGUGAGUACUUGUGAAAGUUACAUUUUAAUUAAAAAAAUUCUAAUCUGUCCUUUUUGAGUUUUCUAAAGUUAUUUUCCAGUGCAUUUAUUUGUAAAACACCAAUUCUGGAAUUUGGUGUUUGCUCAAAUGUAAUCCAGUGUACAUAGAAUUAGUGGUAGGUGUAGUGCUGUAAUUAAUUGCUUAUAAUUUUUUUAAAUGUGAAUUUAUUUUAAUUUUCUUUUGGUUUUAAUUGGUUAAGAGAAACCACCAUUUCUUUUACCUGUAAGUCAUAAACAAGAUAUUCUGAUCAAUUAAAAUAAGUCAUGUUAUGUCUACUUAAUGUAUAUCUCUUUUUUGGUUGUAUGAAAAUAUUAAAGAUGUGAGUUAAAGUUGAUUUUCA